UCCCGCCCGCGGGACGGCCCGCGUCAACGGGGACCUCUCCGCGGAGCUUCCGAGCCGGGGCGCCGGGCCGAGGAAGAGCGGAGCCGGAGGCGCUCGGCCAGGCGCCGGCCCGAGGACCCCCGCGGGACCCUAGCGCUGCGCCGGCCGCCCCGACUGUGACAGAGGCCGGCCUGCGCCAGGCUUCAGGGGCGGGAGCUCCACCUUCCUGGUUCUCUACAGGUUUCCUAGAGCAGCAGAAAAUAAGCCGAUCUCAGGGGUCAGUGUCAUUUGGCGAUGUGGCUGUGGACUUCACCCAGGAGGAGUGGUGGUACCUGGACACUUCUCAGAGGAUCCUGUACAGGGACGUGAUGCUGGAGAACUACAGCCACCUCGUCUCAGUGGGGUAUUGCAUUACCAAACCGGAGGUGAUUUUCAGGUUGGAGCAAGGAGAGGAGCCACGCAUGUUAGAGGAAGAGCCCCCAAGCCAGCGACAUCCAGAAUUCUGGAAUAUUGAUGUCCUGAUGGAGAAAAGCCAGGAAAACCAAGACCAGCAUUUGUGGAAUGUGGAUUUUGUCAACAAAAAAACACUGACUAAGGAGAGAAAUGGUGUAUUAGGAAAAACAUUUAAUGUGGGUACAAACCCUGUUCUAUCAAGAAAAAUAACUGGUAACCGUGAUUCAUAUGGAAUGAGUUUGAAUUACAUUUCAGAAUUAAUUAUUAGUAAUAGAAACUCUUGUUUAAGGAAGCCCAUUGUGUUCAGUGCACAUGAGAAAUUGCUCCUCUGUACAAGGCAUGAGAAUCCUCAUUCCAGAGAGGAACCUUUUCAAUAUGAUAGAAAUUGGAAAGCCAUUGGUCAAAAUGAGGACAUAUGUCAGCAUCAGGAUAUUCAAACUCUAAAGCAAUUUUUUGAAUGUAAUGAAUGCGUGGAAGCUUUCCAGGAGGAGGCAGCCUUCAUUACCCAUAAGAAAGCAUGCUCAUGGGAGAAGGACUGUGAAUAUAAUGAACAUGUGAAAACCUUUUCUGAUGAUUCGAACCUUCUUGUCCAUCAGAGAACUCACACAAGGGAGAAUCACUGUGGAUGUAAUGACUGUGGGAGGAGGUCUGUUGAUGAGAAGCCAACUCUAAAUAAACACCACAAAGUUAUCUGGGGGAAAGAAUACUAUGGGUAUAAUGAGAGGGAGAAUGGUUUUGGCAAGAAGUCACUCCUCAUUCAUACUCAGCAAACUUAUAAAGGGGAGAAAAACUUGGACUGUAAUGGAGAUUGGGAAGUAUUUUGCAAGAAGCCAUAUUUCACUCAGCAUCAGGAAACACAUAUAGGAAACAAAGCUUAUAAAAGUAAUCAAUAUGCUAGUGCACUUUGCAAUGAGCCAAAGCUCCCUGUAUGUCAUAAAACAGAUAUAGGAGAAAAACUCUAUGAAUGUAGUGAAUGUGGGAAAACCUUCAGCCAUAAAUCCUCUCUCAUCCUACAUCAUAGGAUACACAGAGGGGAAAAACCUUAUGAAUGUACCAAAUGUGGGAAAGCUUUCAGAUACAGGUCAGGCCUUGCAGUACAUCACAGAACACACACAGGGGAGAAACCCUACGAAUGUAGUGAAUGUGGAAAAAAUUUCUGUGAGAAGUCAAAUUUUCGUGUGCAUCAGAGAACACACACAGGGGAGAAACCCUAUGCAUGUAAUGAAUGUCAGAAAGCCUUCAGUGAUAGGUCAGCUCUCACUGUACAUCAGAGAAUACAUACUGGGGAGAAACCCUAUGAGUGUAAGGAAUGUGGGAAAACCUUCUCCCAGAAGCCAAACUUCAUUAAUCAUCAGAGAACUCAUACAGGAGAGAAACCCUAUGAAUGUAGUGAAUGUGGAAAAUCCUUCUCAGUGAAGUCAAAACUUAGAGAACAUCAGAGAACUCACACAGGAGAGAAACCCUAUGAGUGUAAUGAGUGUGAGAAAACUUUCUACCACAAGUCAUCCCUCACGGUACAUCAGAGAACCCAUACGGGGGAGAAACCCUAUGAAUGUAUUGAAUGUGGGAAAACCUUCUACCAGAAGUCAUCCCUCACAACACAUCAGAGAACACACACUAGAGAGAAACUUUAUGAAUAUAAUGAAAACUUUCACCAGAAUUCUGACUCCUCUAGACAUCAGAGACAACACACAGGAAAACCCUGUCAACAUCCUGAAGACUCAGCAGCUUUCACCCUCAUUGUAUAGCAGAAACAACUCAGGGUGAGGUUGGGGGACCCAAUAAAUAUGAGAAGUCUUUUGCCCAAAAGUGACUUUUAUUGAACAUCAACUAAUUGAUAUUUGAAAACCUUAUUAAUAUUUUGAAGAUGUUACAGUGUCCACAAAAGUUUAAACUACAUCCUAUAUUGGUGAGUUUGUACUGAAUAGAACUGUAUCAUUUUGGGAUUUGUGAAUUUAAAAUUUUAUCUUAAAAUAUAGUAGAAUUUAAAAAGCAUUAAUGAAUUGAAUAAUUACUGAUAUUAAAAAUAUGAAAAGGGUUUUUCUUUUUCAAGUAUUCUAUAAAAGAUACUUGUACUUUAUAAAUCAUCCUUAACAUACUUAUAAGUGUGCUAUAUAAGAAAAAUUUUGCAUGUUAGGCUUCCCAAUUGGAAUCUAAUAUUAUAGUAGGAAAUAUAUGUUUGCUUAAUAACUUUUAUGAUGUUUUUAUCUUAUAGUUUUUAAUAUGAAUAUGAAAUGUAUAAGGUAUACCAUACUUAAUACCUUUAUAAUUCUUUAUAUUAAUUGAAGUUUUUAUUUAGAUAAUUGUGGAUUGUAAUAUGGAGUUGUAAGAAGUAAUACAGAGAGAUCCCCAGUUUCCCCAUUUGGUAACACCUUGGAAAACUAUGGCACAGUGUCAGCCAGGAUAAUGACAGUGUUACAAUCCACCAAUCAUGUUCAGAUUUUCCCAAUUUUAUUUGUAUACAUUUAUGUAGUAUAUGUGCAUUUAGUUCUAUGUAAUGUAUCACACAUUGGUUCUUAUAUCCACCACCACAGUCAAGCCUCAGAACAGCUCCAUCACCACAAGGAUUCUGUUUGUUGCCCUUUUGUAACAACACUGACCUCCCUGCUGCACCCCCUUCAGUCCUUUCUGAAUUCUGGCAACCAGUAAUGUGUUCUCCAUUUCUAAAAUUGUGUCAUUUAAAAAAUGUUAAUAUGAAUGGAAUUACACAGUAUGUUAUUGUUUAGAAUUGGCUUUUUUUCCCCACCCAGCAUAAUUCCCUGGAGUUUCACUCAUCUGCAUUUUCCCAUGUCAAUAAUUCCUUCAUUUUUGUUGUUGAGUAUUAUUCCAUGGUAUGGACAUACCACAGUUUGUUUAUCCAUUCACCCAUC